AUGAUUGAAGAAGAUAGGAAUUUUAAAGUGCUUUGCAGAUUUCGCCCUUGUGUAGAACGGGUUCAGGUCCGAUAAUUUCACCGAAGUAUUUUCAGCCGAAAAUUGGUUGAAACCUUUUGAUAGUGAGACAUUUGACCCAAAAAAUGUUAAUUUUCGACCAAAUGCAUUUCGAUGAAAUAUACACUAUCAAAAAUUCACUGUCAUUUGGCAGGAGCCGUUUAGAACAGCCAAGCUGUAUAUUGCCAUAUCAUGAUGGAAAAACUGUAAUUAUAUCGAAAAGAGACAGCACAGAUCAAGAUCGAAGAGAAAGGAUUUCUCCGCAUGCUUUUCAAAUCCAGCCUACUGAUUCUUUACAUGUCAGAUUUGAUGGAAUAAUACAGCAAGAUGACUCACAGAGUCAAAUUUUUUCAGCGUGAAUAGAAAACGCGAUUAGUGAUUUAUUAGCGGGGAGAAGUCUGAGCUUGAUAGUUUUUGGGACCUCAGGGUCUGGAAAAAGCUUUACUAUGCGAGGCGGUGAAGGCAAGCGGAGAGGGCUGGUCCUCAGAAGUGCUGAAAUGCUAUUAUCGUUAACUAAAAAAAAGGAAAAUACAUAUGACGUUAAAGUAUCAGUCAUCGCGGUCUGUGGUGAAAGAAUUUUUGACUUAAUUACAAACACUCAAGACCGUAGUGAAGUCACUAUCAAAAAAAUUACCGAUUUGCAUGCUAUUUUGCAUCAAGCCUUAAAACACAGAAAACAAAUUGGCAAAGAACUUAAAGAAAAGCUGCAUUUUAUCGUUACUAUGAGGGUUUAUAAGCAAAACUCUUUAAUUUCCCAAGGAGACUUUGUAGAGCUAGCUGCAUCAGAAUAUGCAAAAGGCGACAAGUCUAUUUCAAGUGCUUUUAAUUCACUAGCGAAUAUUCUGAAAAAAACUACUGGAAAUUGGUAUGAUAAUGCCCUGACUUCUUAUUUAAGAAAUACAUUGGAUGUGUAUAAUCCUUUUAACCCAAGCCAAGCUAUUAUUAUAUGCUGCAUUUACCCAGUUCAAGAGCUUCUAAAAGACACUAUCACUUUAUUGAAUUUUACAAGCAAAAUGAGAGAAAUUGCAGAGUCUAAAAGUCCUGAUGAAGAAAAAAAGCCAUUAAUCAACCGUCUAAAGGCAAAAAUUGAAGAAAUUCCUGACCCUGCCAAAAUGGUCACACAGAAUUGGACUCCGAGGCGCACCUCCUGAUGGAGCGGCGAAUCGGCACGAAGGAUGGUGAAAGAAUUUCGAGUGAGCAAAGUAGACAAUCUCAAAGUGAAGCCUGCUGGAAUAGGGGUGUUUUAUUUCUCCUCUAAAGGUUUUCCUGUCCCUGCCAGAUAGGCUUGACAGGUUUUGCCUACCAUGUAAUCUUACCUUAUCGGGACCAUCGGAGCACUUUACAGUGGCUCUGCCCUGAAUAGGUGAUUCAGACCGAAUCUUCAAGAGGCCAGCCUUCCAUUUUCCUAAUUUACACUCUGAAGCUGGCUUUUUUGACCUAGACAAGUAAAAAGCUCGGCAUUGAUGACCAAAUUAAUUUUAACUUUAAAGUGACCCUGCCAAGACCAGCCAGGACUUCAAAAAUUCCAAACAAUUUGAAAAUAAUUCCCUCAAGGGGCAAAUUGAAAGAAUCAGAGAAAGCUGGGCUAAUAAAACUGACAGAUACAGCCUAAGCCCAGAGCGAAAAGAAAGGUCUACAAGUGAAUCAAUUAGACAGUUAGAGCAAGCCUAUAAUGAACUUAAAUCAGAAAGGGAAAGACUCGAACUGGACCGAGAAAGAAGAAUUUAUCGAGAACAGUCCUUAAAAGACCAAAUCGAAAAAAUGGAAAAUUUAUUAUAUGAAGAAAAAGAAAGCCAUUUAUUGCAAAUCAAGUUACUUCAAAAUGCAAUGGCAAGGGAAGGGAAAAAUUACAAUGAGCCUAUGGCUACUAAAAGAGGGGAAAAUGAUGAAGUAUUGAUGAAAAAUGAAGAAAUCAAAAGGCUUAAAGCACAAAAUGAAGAAAAUUUGUCAGCUGUGGGGCAGUAUAAAGAACAAUUGGCAGCUAAAAACUCAAUGAUUUAUCACCUACAACAAAUAAAUAAUGAUUUAAGGGCGAAAGUGGAAGAAUAUAAGUCGAAAUUUGACUUGUCAGAGGAAAGGAUAAGGCUUUAUAAGCAAAAACAAGAAGAAAUGAGAAACACUAUGAUAAUUAUCAGAAAUAACAUGGAAAAAUCUAAAUUAAGCUUGGAAGAAAAAGAUAGGCAGCUGGAGCAGCUUAAAUUUGCCAUGGAUUCUCCAGAAAGACUUACAAGAAGAGACAGGCUUGAAAACGCCGAUCAAUUUAUUUCUCCUGAUUUUUGUAGGCAGCUUGCAAAAGCAGAAGAAAUUCACGAAAAAACAGUUUCAUCACUAACAGAUGACAUGGAAAAAUAUAAAGCGACGAUAAAAGACCUGAACGACAAGCUUGCAUCUCUUCAGUCAGAAAACCAAAAACUAUCAUUUUUUGAUUAAUUUAUACCAUUUUUCAUUUAAAAAUCACAAUUUUUAGCUUAAUUCAGCACAGAAUAUCAUCAAAAAGCUCAAAAAUUGACAAAAUUGAAGAGGAGCUUCAAAAUCUCCAAAUCCAAUAUUCUUCAUUAGAAAAAGAAUUUUCAAGCAGAGAAGAAACUUAUAUUGAGCAAAUUUUUAAGCUUGAAGAGCAGCUUAAAUCAAACAACUCUGAUGCAAGAGUUUCUGACUCAGAGUUUGAGCAGCCUCCUCCCAACCAAAACUUGCAUACAAGUAUGACACAACUAAGCACGCUAUCUAUACAAGAUGCUUUAUUUACCUGUAAAAAUUUGAUUUCGCUAUUAGAGACGCUGAUGAAUCCGAAUCAGUCAAUUAAGAAAGUAAAGGAGCUGCAAAAUAGACUGGAGAUUGCUAAAAAAGAAAUAAUGAAAGAUUUGGAAAAUCCAAGCAGUGACGAGGCUUUUGAUGUGCAGAAUAUCAGAAAAGAGCUGGAUAAGGCUAAGCUAGAAAAUGCUAUCUUAAAGCAGGGUAAAAAUUCUGAGACUGAAAAAUCAGAAGUCAGGAACACAACCAUUAAUAAUAUUUUAGAACUUGCAAAAGACCUUGAAAAGAAGCUUAAAGAAGAGCUUGAGUUUAGAAAUAACAUACUAGAAGCCCCAAAGUCUACGAAUAAACUAGAUUUGUCAAACAUUGAAACAAUCUCUGACAUCACACAUGACUAUUGCAAAAUUGAGUUAAAAAAUAUGCAUAGUACAGUUGAAGAGCUAAAAGGAGAAAUCGGUGAAUUAAUGAAAAGAUUAGAAAACUGUUUAAAAGAAAACAGAUCAAAAGAAGAGCACAUCCAAAAUUUGCUGAUUUCUUCAUCUGUUUUAGACUCAGAAAUCCAAAAUGCUAUUUCAAUAAUAUGUGACUAUGAAAACAUUGUAAAUGAUUUAAAAAAGUUCACAAAACAUGGAUCGUCUACAAAUAAUGAAAAAGUUUUUCAAGAAAAAACUAGGGUUGAAAUAGAAAAUGAAGAACUUAAAGAAAGAGUUAAAAACCUAAAACAAAAACUCUAUGAGGAAAGAAGCAAAAGUGAUAGAGAAGUAUUUAAAUUUAAACAAGAAAGUGAUUUAUGCACUGAAAAAAAUGAAAACACGUCAGCCAAGCUAGAGAUUUUGCAAGUGAAAUAUACAAAACUGAAGCUGGACAAUGACUGUCUAAAAAUAAAUAAUAAUGAGCUGAUGGCUGAGAUAGAAAAGCUGAAAAAGCCUAAUAAAGAAGUGGAUGGCAGAUUAAAGAAAAUGCAAAUCCAUAUUGAUCAUCUCAAAGAUCUUUUAAAACCCAACGAAAUUUUGGUAGAAGACAUUUUUUAA